UUUAUAAGCUGUAAUUAUAAAUAGUUAACAAAUCAUUAACUAAUGCUUUAUGGAUCAGUUACUAGACAUAAAUAAGAACAAAUUUGUGUUGUCAGGUUUCAUAAAAUCCUCCUCCUGCAGACACUUAGUCUCUUUAUCUCUCUAAUCACUGUUUGACCACUGAUCUACUGGAAGACAGCUGCAGAACAUCUGGACCAAACUCCAUUUACAAAUAAUUAAUGGUUAAAUUAAUUCAGACGUCUCAGACAAGAGACUCGGGAAAUGUUUCUCAGUCCUUUUUUAUGAUUGUGAUCAGUAGAUCAGUGCUACACAACAUUAUUUCAUUUGUUGACUACACAGAUUCUCUCUGAAGACUCCAGUGUUAAAUUAAAAACAGUGACUGACUGUGUGUGAGGGAUCAGAGUCAACAUGAAGUUAAAAUCUCUGUUCUGAAGUGAGAACAGAAGCUGAGAAUGAGUCUCACAGAGGAACCUUCACAGGACAGAGUCCAGACAGAGUCUGAGUCACGAGUCCACGAGGACGACUUUGAUCGAGAGGAUCAUAAAGAUGAAGAUGUGAAGGUGACAGAUCUUCUUCAGACACAUCAGAGGGAGAGAAGGAUGAUCAGCCCGCUCACUCUCCUCAAAGAGGACUUCAGCCAAUUCAAAGAAGACGUGUUGAAAGUGUUUAAGGACAGAGACACAAAGAUGGAGCAUGAGGACGGCCCGCCCACACAAGUGGAGAACAGAGCCAACAGCAGUACACUCAGUCUCCUCAUGGAAGAUCUGAGCCAGUUCAAAGAAGACAUGAGCAGCAUCUUCAACAUCAGCUCGUCCAGGGACAAAGACCUGAAGACCUCAGACCCUAAAACCAGCCAGGCAACAGAGAAGACCAUCAACCCUCUGAGCCUCCUCAAAGAGGACCUUUCUAAUGUCUUUAGAAUCAGUCUAUCAAAUGAGAAAGACAAAAAGGGCCUUGCUGCGAAGGAAGACUCCGCCAAAAUAAAAGUCCAGAAAGCUGAAAGAAUGGAUGACCCCUUAAGGAGUCUGUUUAGAAGAGACCAGAAACUUUUAAAGACCUCUGAGAAAGUAGAGGACAGUCAUGAUGUCAAAAAGACACUAUCAGAAAAGAGCGAGGAACAAAUGGACGAAGGAUUCAGGGGAAAAUUCUCAGAGACAGUGGAUGCUGAGAAAAUAAACUCUAUGAAGGAACCGGAGGACAGCGAAGUGGACAUCAACGUGUCUGAGGAGAAAUCUGAGACGACAACAAUUCUGUCUGAGACACAACAACAUGAGGGGACGAUGUGCAAAUCACAGACAGCUGAUUCCUGUGUGGGAUCAGGGGAAGACGAGGGGAUAAAUGGGGAAAAGGAAGAAGAUAAACCUUCCUGGACGUCACUCCUCUCCAGAAUCAGUCGCUUUAGUCUGGGAGAUGACCAAAAAGAUGACACGAGGGAUCAGACAGAUGGAGAUGUGUGGUGGGUGAAAAACUUUGCCUGUUAUUUGACCUUUGACCCCAGCACUGCCAACUCAGAGCUCCACCUGACCGACUGCAACAGGAAGGCGACUCGCAUGUGGUCGGACUGUCGAUCCUUGGACCACCCGGACCGGUUCGAGCGCUGCCCUCAGGUCCUGUGCAGGGAGGGGCUGCUAGACUCAGUGUACUGGGAGGUGGAGUGGAGCGGCGGUGCCGAUGUUGGCGUCACCUCAAAUAGCAUUUCCAGAGAUGGAGAUGCGGAGAGCUGUCUGCUCGGACACAACAAGUGGUCCUGGAGUCUGGAGUGCUCUGAAGGAAGCUACACGCCCUGUCACAACAACAAGAGGUUCAGGUCCUCCUCACCUCAACCCUUCACCCACAGAGUUGGGGUGUACCUGAACUGGUCCACCGGAUCUCUGUCCUUCUACGGUGUCUCUCAGGAUGCCAUGGUCCACCUCCACACCUUCACCUCCACCUUCACUGAGCCUCUGUACCCAGGGUUCUGGGUGUGGACCUACGGCGGCUCGGUGACGCUGUGUCAGGUGGAGUUGGACUGGGAGCGACUGCUGCAGUGAACUCACACAGGCUGAGACAUGUGAGACGGACUUCAGCAUCGAGCAAUCUGAUUGGUCCAUCCAGUUCCUGUCUGGAGGUGGGUUCGUAAACGUCGCUUAGUAACAACCCUUAGGACCCAUUAGUAAAGCAGAUAACCAGUUACCUGCUAACAUGCUCCGUUACCUUACUAGUUCAAGGGAGACAGGAUGUCUUUCAUUGGCCUGACAAACUUCUUUAUAAAUCUUUGAUCUGUGUUCAUGAUCAAUAAAGAAAAUAAAACAACUUUCAUUUCUGAUCA